CGGGAAGAAGAAAUAUGGCGGCAACAGCAGAUUAUUUUCCGAAAAGCCCAGAUCCAAUGUCUCGACACCGUUCGCAAUACAAGUGCAGCACACCGCCCUGGAAAGAACAGUAUAGAAAGAGGUGCUUGGACAGGCUCAAAAAUGGGAGGCAGAAAUUUGUGGAGAGAUUUAGGCAAGCCAGUUGUGAGACAAAUGACUCCUCUUUUGUUAAUGAAGUGAUGGAUGAAGAAUGGCGUAGGCUUAGUGAAGAAAAUCAAGAACUUUCACCAUGGCGUCCAACCAGAAGGUCAUGCACACCAUUUAAAGGGAUUGAGUUAGAUUGUUCGGAGGAUACUUCGCUUGAUGAGGUUCUGUCUUUACUGGAUGAAAUUCAAAAGGAACUGAUGGAUGAAGAAAGAAACAUUCUUGCCCAGUAUGAGGAAAAUCUGAAGUUUGAGGAAUCUUCUCUAUGUGCAGCUAUUGAAAGUCUUGGAACAGAGGAUUCUGUCAUUUGCCCAGUCUGCAAAAGAAAUCCAUUACAUCAGAACAAACAGGUUGUCUUCUGUGCUUGUGGAAUCAGAAUUGAUACUGAGCAUGACGCACUAAACCUGACCUAUCUCAGAAACCAGAUUGAUGGGGCAUUAACAAUCCAUGGAGAACAAGGUUGCACAAUGGAACCAGAGUUUUGCGUAUCAGUUUUACAAGAGGUAGCAGUGAGCAAUCUUGUUGCUCUGUGUAAGGCGUGCGAUUUCUUGUUCAUCGUUCUUUGACGCAAAAAAUGUAGAAGAAGAAUUUUCCUCAAGGAAAGAGGAAGUUAAAGAGUUCAGCAAUUGCGAAAUUUUAUCUCAGUGAACGAGAUAUGUACUAAAAUUAUCAUUUAGUCGUGUACAGAAUUUGUAAUAGAUCCUUAUUA